AUGGGGGCUAGUGCAAGUACUCCAUCUGCAGAGCCACCAGCGGCGACAUGCCCGGUGGACCAUAAGACUCGAGAGAUUUGGUUGCAACAACAUAAUAACAAUUCACCUCAUCCUCCAACCGGGGCUCCAGAGCAACAACCACCAACAAAGAUGCAGCGCCCACUAUCCGAAGAUAGGGAGGUCAGCAGUAUACCUCGAGCCGGUGAUCUUGGAGCUACAAGCCCCGAAUCCAAUAAACAGGCUCCAUCUCCCUACGCAGCUUCCGCCGUUUCGCACGGUUUGCCGUCUAAUUCCGAAGACGAGACUGGCCAUGACAAGGCCUCCGGCAACUGGAUAUAUCCCUCCGAAAAACAAUUUUUCGAGUCAUUGAUGCGAAAAGGCAAUACUCCGCAAUCAACUUCGUCAGCCUCCGAGCUAGCAACAUCAGUCGCAUCAAUUAUUCCCAUUCACAACGCUGUUAAUGAGCGCGCAUGGCAGCAAAUUCUGGAAUGGGAACAAAGGGGCCCAUCAUUAGACCCUGGCAGCAAGAAAUGCGGAGGACCUAAGCUGUAUUCGUUCCGUGGCCUUGGAGUCGAUCCAAAAUUUUUGAGCCCUCGUGCGCGAGUCAAUGGAUUGCUUGGCUACCAGUUGCCGUUUGAUCGGCAUGACUGGGUCGUUGAGCGCUGCGGUGGAGAACACGUUGAAUAUGUCAUUGACUUCUAUCAAGGGAAGUCUUCAGACAUUGAUGGAAAUACAUCCGGUUUAACGGGGGCGGCUGGGGCCGGAAAACUCAGCUUCUACUUGGAUGUUCGGCCAAAACUGAACAGUUUUGAGGGGGUGAGAUUGAGAUUCAGCCGCUUUGCGGGCUUUUAA